AUGAUAAGUCAGGAGAUAGAAAAUUGUAAGACGAAAAACUGGGUGGAUUUCAAGAGAUAUUUACAUGGUACGCUCUUGAAAACAUGCACACCAGCUCAACUCACCGGUUUAUUGAGAGAAUCUCAAGAUAUCAACUCACCACUAUCAAUGAAAUAUGAUUAUCUAUACAAUGAGCUUAUCGUUUAUGAUAAUGAUGUAGAGUUACUUUCACGUAAUGUCUCCAGAAAGACUUGGAAAGCCUUGAUAAAGCGUAGAGGAUACGGUAUCAUAGCUAAGAACUUGAACAAUAUAGCAGUAAAUAUACCAUUAUAUUUACUAGUAGAAUUCAUACGUUCGACUAAGCAAAUCAACCUAAUUGAUCCUGAUAAUCAUAAUCUGGCUUCAGAUGGAGCGGACAAUUACGCUUUACUUCUAAACACGGCAUAUAAAUCAACAGGGAGCGUUGAUAUAUUGAUCAGAGGUUUUGAUACUCUUCAAAUGUACAGAAAGAAAGCCAAAAGCAUCAAGUUCCGCACUACGAGCAAAGGAAUGCUCAACUUGUUCAUUACCAUCUCCAAGCUAUGGUAUUCAAAUCAAAACGAUGAGGUUAUGACACACAUAUUACAGACACUUUCACAUAACUUUGAUUUCUCCAUUUUGAGCUACAAAAGUAGUCGUCAAGUGGAAAUAUUUGGAGCAAUCGUCAAAUUUAUUAAGACCAUUCCAGUACAAGCCCGAUUUACAUAUAUACACACAAUAGAUAGAACCAUAUCCGAUACCAUGACCGCGGACGGUCAAUUCAGAUCACCAAACCCUACUCAAUAUGACAUACCUACUUUCGAAGCUAGAAGUCUGUCAAUACUCUACCUCCUACCAAGUCAUAUUUCUCUUUUAUUACUCAAAAACACGAAGUCAGUUGGAUAUCCUACUGAGUUCUCGCCUGCAUUGCCUUUCAGACUCAACAAAAGGCUUGCAUCACUGAGUAAUGUCGGCGAAAGCUAUGUCAGUGGGCUGAGAGUAGCUAUAGCCUCUAGGGAUGCCAACAGGACACGCCUCCUAUCUAGUACUAGUGACGAUGAAAGCGAUAACUUCACAAAAGUCACUAUCGAAGGUCUCAAAAGCAGAUGCAAAACUACAACUGAUAGAGAUCUUCGCAAGAAUUUGGUUGUCGCGUUAUUGCUUUACUCUGCCAUCAGUAAGGAUGAUCUGUACGAUAAUCUAGAUUGGAUUUUAGGUCGAUUUAUUAAUGAUGAUUUUACAAGAUACGAGAUUUUAGCAGCUACGAACAGUUAUGGUUCUACGUUUAUUGAGUGUUAUCUCUACUUUUUUGAGGAAUUGUCUGGACUUUCGGUUCUUGAAGGUAUCGGUCAAGACGAAGUAGUGAACAAGAAACAUGUACGCGAGAGCGUUCUGAGAGCAGCAGAAUCUGGAAACAAAUUGCUCGAGAAGUACAUUGAUGUCGCGUUACAUUCAUCUGCGCACAACAGUGACUUUUCUCGUAACGAAUACAAUGAACUGUCAUCCUUGAUCUUAGGUGUUUUGAACAAGAGAAUAGAAACUAUAGAUAGGCUUAGAAUUCUGAAAUCUACGUCUGAAGAUGGUGAAGAGCCAAUCAACCAGCUUUUGGACCCACUUAAGCAUCUGUUUGCCAAAUGGCUCACGCAAAAGCUCACUUCCAAGGAAAGCUCCCCAAUAUACCAGAAGGCGUUCCCACCAAGCAUGAUUGUUCAACCACAUGCGGCUCUUCAGCCAGUGUAUUCCUGCGAGAAAGAGAGGUUCAACUCAUUGAGUCCACCAAUAUCUGCGUAUGGUUCAAGAAUAUCCUUCGAGUUCCUCGAUUCGUUAGCUCAAGAUCUUUUGAAAGUGCGUCAGCAACACUUCAGCGAAAACGAUAAACCCGAUAACAGUAAUUAUUAUUCACACAUACCUUUCAUAAUUUCUUUACCACAAGGUAUUAGUAACAAAAAUUCUGGGAAACGUUUACGAACUAGAUUCGGCCAAUUUACACCUUAUAUCAACAAGAUCACAGACGAGGAUUUAGCAGACAUUGACCAAGGGCAGUUGAGGAAUGACUGGAAGAGACUAGCCUUCGGUAUUAACCUCUGGUACAAAAUGCUUCAAAGCACUUCCAAAUUGGAUAGGACCCUUGUCUUGACUAAUGCCGUUAAAGGUCUAGCAAAGAAGAUGACUCAAGAGGUGCCAACUCCAACAGAUUAUCUUUACGCAAUCAUUGGCCUUGCACAGGUAGAUUUACUCUCGGACAUGGCUGAAUUUGUGUCAUAUUUAUAUCCUUGUGAUACCAAGCUUUUCUUCAAAUUGUUAGAUCUUGAUAAUGUCUUGGAUGAUUCUAGUAACUUUGUCCAAAGAACCAUUGAUGACAAAUAUAUCGAAUUUUUCAAGAAGGAAGAAUGGCCAGUAACUCCAUACCAAAUCUUGAAGAAAGUAUUAGAGUACUUGAAUUAUCGUCCAGAUUCACAUCCAAGAGUCACUGCAAAUCGCUUAUCAAGGUAUUUGAGCGUUGAUUUUCAAAAGAAGCUAGCAAAGCUGGCUGUACGCGUCCUGAAAUCGAACAUCAUAAAGAAUUCCGACCAUGAAGAGAUAGUUGUGAAAUAUGUUGAUUCUAGCAACAGCUGGCUGAUAGGUUUGAUUUUCUUGGCAGCUAGUCAAAAAGGACUAUGUGCAUCACAAAUAGGAGAAAUUUUGUCGACGAUGAAAGAACAAGGCGAUAAAGUAGACAUAUUUUCAUGGAUGUACAAUGUUGAUGAUUUAAUCAAGGCUAUUACUCCUGUUGGACUUCAAUCCGAUGAUGUUAUAAUUGAGACAUUGGUUAGAAUUGUCAAGGAACCUAACUUUAUUAAAGCACAGCUAAGAUUACUCAAUGGUGGUUUCUUGAGUACAAUGCCGAUUGAAAAAUCGAAAGAAAUUGCAGUUCAAUUGAUCGACCUGAUAAACAACAAGGAGGUACACAAGUUAACAACAAUGAAGGCUAUUAUUAGCGCUAUUUUAGUAAAUGCACAGUCAGGGUUCUCGGUCAAGGAGGUAUCUAGUCACUUGAUCAAUACGGCCAAACAAGUUGCCCAUCCUAGUAUUCAAGGUUUCAUCGUAACACAAUUAUUAAGGCUCGUUCCUAACAACGUAACAUUUGAAGUCAUUGAUGAUGUUUUAAACGCCAAUUUCAACACAAUUAUUCAAAAUAUGACACUUUCAGAUGAUGUUUACGCUAUGUUGAGAGAUCCUAACGUCAUGUUUCCCGCAGAUCAUUUAAACAGCUUUGAAAAGAACUUCUAUUUAGAUGACAAAGAUAAGCCAUUCAUUGAAGCCGUUUUAAAUCGACAUCCUCGUAAUAUACCGGUGAAUUUACAUGGUAGAUGGACAAAAUCAAUAGAAACAUUCAUAGUCAGGUAUCUUGAAAAACGGAAUGAGUUUGCAAGUGCUAUAGGUGAAAGGUUUAAUAUGUUCGAUGCUGCCAGACUAGCACACGUACCAAAUCUCUUCACAGUGUUUGCCGAACGUUGGUACAAACUAUGUGAUACUAAAUCGUUGCUCUUCCAGUCAUUGUAUUUGGAAGCAGUGCGUUUACCCUAUGCUUUAAAGUAUGAGGAGUCGUUGAAAACUAUCCAAGAAUAUACAAUUAUUGGCAAGUUAUUCAAGUAUACAAAUUCUUCAGAUACAUCAGGCACAGGCUUAAUCAAUGCAUUCUACAACAUUGACAUGAACAAUAAAAUACCAGUUGAAUCGAAUGACGGAUGGAGUACUUAUUCUUGGAACAUACUUAAUAAUCUGUCGAUGAACAUUGUUCAGUUUGAGGAGGAAGGCGAACUGCUUAAAGCUUUGCAUCUGGCGCAGUUUACAAAGACAUGCUUUGAAGAUAUAAAAGCUGGCUUUAUUCAUGAUCGCGUGUCUGACAUUGCAAACAUUUUAAAAAAUCUAAAACAAUUUUGCGAUGUUGGAAUAUUUACCAAACGCCUCUAUUUAAACUUAUUGGUAGGUUCGGGAAUUUUUUUCAGAGAUUUGAAGUCUUACGCAUUAUCAGGCAUACGAUUCGAUCUGUUGUGAUGAAACUCUUUCUCGUGGUGUCACAAAUGUUCAAGAUCAUUUUAUAGACGAAUAUAGUGAAUCCUUGUCCGCUUUGAUUCCAUUAAAGUAUGAUGAGAAGAUUGUGAUUGACAUGUCAAAGCAUGCAGUAGCCCAAUCACUCUCAGAGAAGCUGGUGUACGCUUAUCUCAAGCAACACAGAAGAAGUGCAGCAGUAGUCAAGUACGCAAGCGAGCUGCUUCAUCAUAAUAAUUAUUGUUAUAUAGCUUCUAAAUUACUUCUCUAAAAGCGUUGGUGAUGUUUUAGUAUAAAUAUUGGAUUAAUAGAGAUUAUUGAAGCACUUAUCAAAUUGGAACUUACUACCAAGGAGCGUGAAACUUCCAUUUUCCAUUUUCCCAAACAUCUAUUUAUUUCAUUAUGUACCAUAAUAUUAUAUACUACUUCGAACUUG